AUGUCGCAAACCCAGGUUGAACAACGCGCCGGCUCCGUUGGGCCUGCUGAUUCAAUCGAAGGGGAAGACCCCCAUAACGAGCAGCCUGGCAAGAAGCAAAAGAGCAGACGCCCGGCGAACACUGCGUUUCGCCAACAGAGGUUAAAGGCAUGGCAGCCUAUUCUCACUCCCAAAACCGUCCUCCCCAUCUUCUUUGCCCUCGGAAUCAUCUUCGCUCCCAUUGGCGGCCUGCUUUUAUGGGCGAGUGCUAGUGUACAAGAAUUGAUCAUCGACUACACCGACUGCAAUUCCACCGCCACCUCCGAGUUCCAGCCUGUUCCCGACAGCAAAGUCUCCUCCUCAUUCAAAUCUGCUAAUGGCACGGUGCGACCUCAAUGGAGAAAGACGUUGAACACUACACACCCUCCGUACAGCGUCGAGAUUGAGAAUACUCCUGUCUGCACGCUUCAGUUCUCGAUCCCCAACGACAUCGGCCCCCCCGUCUACCUCUAUUACCGACUCACCAACUUCUACCAAAAUCACAGGAGAUACGUCAAGUCGCUGGACACAGACCAACUCAAGGGCGAUGCCCUGAGCAAUAGCACCAUCAAGGGGAGUUCGUGCAAUCCUUUGAGGCUGGACCACAACGGCAAAGCGUACUACCCCUGCGGUUUGAUUGCCAACUCCAUCUUUAACGAUACACUGAAUUCCCCGGUCGCAGUGAACGCCGCCGGCGGCCAAUCCAGCCAACAGUACCGUAUGACCAACAAGAGUAUCGCAUGGAGCUCUGACGCGUCACUAUACAAGAAAACAAAAUACACCAAUGAUCAAGUUUCUCCGCCUCCAAAUUGGCAAAGACGGUAUCCGGAUGGAUAUACAGAUGAGAACCCGAUUCCGGACCUGUCAGAAUACGAAGAAUUCCAGGUAUGGAUGAGAACGGCAGGCUUGCCAACUUUCAGCAAACUGGCAUUACGGAACGAUCAAGACACCAUGACUGCUGGAAUUUAUCAAAUGGACAUAUAUGACUUCUUCCCAGUUCAGCUUUAUGACGGGACCAAAAGCAUCUUGAUCUCGACACGGACCGUGGUCGGCGGCAAGAACUCGUUUUUGGGGAUUGCUUACGUGGUCGUCGGCGGGCUAUGCAUUGUGCUGGGGGUUCUUUUCACCGUUGCACAUUUGAUCAAGCCCAGAAAACUCGGGGAUCACACUUACUUGUCCUGGAACAACGACACUCCAGCUACAGCCGUUUCGACCGGGCGGGAAGUUAGGCCGGGAGGGGCUUGA